ACUGACUCGGAUCCGUUCCGCGACGCAACCUACCACCUUUCGUCCUCCUCCCUCCGCGAGGUCCUAAUUUAUACCACCAACCCAGCCCAGCAAUCAUACUUGUUACCGCUUGCUGCCUCCCAUCGAUCGAUCGCCACCCACGGCCUGCUGCACCACCAUGCUCUGAGUCUGAUCCCCGCGCAUCUCUCAGCAGCUUUCCGGUCAUGGCGUCCGUGAGAUCGUGCGUGUCCGUGAAGCCGGCCGCGGGCCCGGCCAGGUACAGAUCCGCCAGGCUCGGGGCGGCCAGCUUGGAGCCGAGAAGCCUGCGCAUAUCCGCUUCUUCUUCGUCCUUGCCCUCCGCCGCGGAUGGUUGCAGCAGCAGGGGCGUCGGCUGUGCUGCCAGCAGCAACGGGCGUGGCGAUGGCGUCACCGGUUUAGUUACUGAUGGAGUUUGGUCGAGGAGGAGGGGCGGGCGGGAGGCCGUCGCCAUGUGCAGCGCCAGCCUCGAGGGGGUCAGUCGCAGCGCCGCCGCCGCCGUGCCCAGCGUGCCUGCGCUGCCGGAGCGGGUGAAGGCGGUGGCGCUCAUGGCGGCCGUCAUGCUGCUCUGCAACGCCGACCGCGUCGUCAUGUCCGUCGCCGUCGUGCCGCUCGCCGCGCAGUACGGCUGGUCAAGCUCCUUCGUCGGCAUCGUCCAGUCAUCGUUUCUUUGGGGAUAUGUUUUCUCAUCCAUGGUUGGAGGAGCUUUGGCAGACAAAUAUGGAGGGAAGAAGGUGAUGGCAGGUGCUGCUGCACUCUGGUCCUUGGCCACUUUCCUCACUCCGUGGGCCGCUUCUCAAUCCGCUGUUGUGUUGCUUGCUGUGCGUGUGCUCUUUGGGAUUGCAGAAGGUGUGGCAUUUCCGACAAUGAGCACAUUCUUACCCAAGUGGUUCCCAACGCAUGAACGGGCCACUGCUGUUGGCAUUUCCAUGGGAGGAUUCCAUCUUGGAAACGUCGUAAGCUUCCUAGCAACACCGAUCAUCAUGUCACAUAUAGGCCUCGCUGGAACAUUUGCCUUCUUCGCAUCACUUGGUUACAUGUGGAUCGCUGUAUGGCUGUUGAAUGUAGAAAGUGACCCCAUCGACAGCCGUACUAUAAGCAAAUCUGAACUGCAACUAAUUCUAGCUGGACGAAGUAAAUCAAAAGUCAAGGGCGACAAAUUCCCAUCUUUAAGGGAAGUGUUCUCAAAGAUGGGAAUGUGGGCCAUCAUUGUAGCUAAUGUGGUAAACAACUGGGGCUAUUUUGUUCUACUGUCAUGGAUGCCGGUGUACUUCAAAAUGGUAUAUGAUGUCAAUUUGAAACAAGCUGCAUGGUUCAGCGCCAUACCUUGGGCCGUCAUGGCUCUAUCAGGAUAUAUUGCAGGAGCUUCUGCAGACUACUUGAUCAAAUCUGGCUUCUCUACCGUGCGGGUUCGGAAAAUUAUGCAGUCAAUUGGUUUUAUCGGGCCAGGUGUGUCAUUGCUAUGUUUAAGAUUUGCUCAAACACCAUCAGUCGCGGCAGUUAUCAUGACCGCUGCCUUGGGUUUGAGUUCCUGCAGUCAAGCUGGGUAUUUCUGUAAUGUACAGGACAUUGCCCCUCAAUACGCUGGAUCUUUGCACGGCAUGACCAAUGGCAUUGGGGUGGUGGCUGCCAUAGUUAGCACUGUAGGAGCAGGUUACUUCGUCCAGUGGCUUGGAUCGUUCCAGGCCUUCCUCACCCUCACGGCGGUGCUUUACUUCAGCGCCACUAUUUUCUACAACACCUACGCCACAGGAGACCUGAUUUUUGACUGAGCUGAAACAAACUAUUCUUUUCGUGUAUAAUUCCAAGUGUAUAAGUACAGCCUGUAAAAUGCCUCUGUCUCAUGCACCCUGUACAGAGCCAAGAAAUGAAUAAAAGUAAGAUCGAAUUGUUGGUUCUGC